CGACCACCAUCUCCUCGUCUAUCUGCUCAGUCGAACAAUAUCUGCUUUAUACGUCCACCUGAGAUCUUCGAGCGCCCUCAUACCAUGGCUCCGGUUCCCAUCCCAGCCGCGUCGGUGUGCUUCCGAUGUCAAAAUCCAGGCAGUUCGCCCGAGAGAUUCAUGCUGCAGUGCUGCGAGUGCAAGAGGACGUGGCAUCACACCUGCCAUGCCCCUCCCGUACCCGAAAAGGACCUCAUCGAAGGAAUUCGAGCCUUCAACGACAACCACGUCGAAAACAUCUUUACGAUGUGGACGUGCAAGAGGUGUGGGAAGAAACCCAAAGCAAGUGGAUCGCGCGCCACGUCGAGUGCAGUGGAUGAGCGCCGGGUCACUGCAAACGCGCCUGCGAGACCGCCCGCGGGAGCGCCGAUAGUAGCACCGCGGAAGAAUGCAACGAGCGUACCGCCGGUGGUCGCGCCGAAGUCCAAACACUCUGAGUCGGGAGCACCUCCACCGCCGGAUUGGGAUGCUUUGCGGAAGCCUGCGGCAGGUGCUCAGGCAGGCGCGCUACGAGCCCCUUCUACACAAAGACAAUCUGGUCAUUCUGCGCUUUCAGUAUCGAUUUCGACACCACAACCUCCCAGGGGAAGAACUAGUCAGGAUAACCCCUACGCCGGGCGUCUUGCCGAUACUCUCGAAGACACAACUUGCAAGAAGUCCUCUUUGUCAAAGCGGAGUGCGAAGGCGCCUGUCCCCGCUACUUUUGCAACCGCAUCUACUCUCGCACCCACAAUCAAUCUCGCACCCCCCAUUGCGUCGUCCGGCCCAUCGACCACAUCCUGGCGUCCAAAUGCACCACUUCUGCAGUCGACCGCCUCCUUCGCGUCUAGUGCAUCUCUAGCGUCGGCCGCAUCUUCCCGUGCAACGUCUUUGUCCUCCAUCGCCAACACCAGACCCCGUUCCGCCGAUGGGACUGUUAUCGACCUGGGUGACAGGCUGGAGGAGAUGAAUGUGGACACCCCAGAUGCCGGAUAUACCCCGCAUUCAGCGUCCCCUGUUCCUCCUGCAGCGCACACAGGUGUUGGGCUAGACGAUAUAACUGCCUUUCUUCUGGCUCGAUCGACACCUCCUCUUCGGGAGCUUCGGGCGGCCAAACCGCCCGUCCCAGGCGUGUCGCUUCCGUACGAGUGGCUGAGGCAAAAGGAACUGGAGGCUGAAGCAAAGCGUCCGGGUCCUCAGGCGGUAGCACAUCAGAGGCGCUCGCGAAAGGCAGUUGCCACAAAAAGACGUGGGUCGCAGCCAGGAAUAUUGCUCGUUGGGGGUGCGGUGGUGAGCGUAUAGGGAACGCGAUAUGAAGUGCACAGUCUUGUUGUAUGGACACUUCUUCACGAUAGGACUUUGCGGAAGGGUUAGGACGACAAAGGAUUAUUCCACGUACUUGGGAUUCACAACUGUUGUUGAUCGGGAGUCGCGCCCGAGCG